GGAGGUGGAGUUGAUUGUGGGCUUUUUUAUUGCAUCACAUGUAGAAAGGAUCCAAUCAGCUUGGAGUGGAAGGAAAUUAUUUGGUGGAGUCUAUCUGACAAGUGUACUUGGUUUUGAGAACUUUGCUCUGGGACCCGCAGCAGAAUGAAGUUGGGGAAACCCAUCUUAAAUAUCUCGUCUGGUCGAGCCUUUUGUUACUCCUGAAAAUAGGCAGGCGUGGAAAUGCUUCGAUUAAACCCAUAGUCUACACAAACCUAAUUUAUUUCAGUUUAUUUCUCUGCCGCUCUUUGUGCCAUUUACUUCCAUUUACAUCAAAAAAAUAAUAAUUAAUGGCAGAUCUGGUCUCUUUAUUUUUUGUAUGGCGAAUACAAUGGUUGGGAUUAUUCCGAGAUGCGUGGAUUAUAUCUCGAAUGUUACACUGGAUGGAUUUCAAUUCGGGCACUUGGAGAUGUUUGGGGUGAAACUAGGUUACCUGAGGAUUAACGGCAAGCAAAUGUUCGCCCUGUCUCAGGUGCUGGCGGAUUUAUUCCAACACGUUCCCAGGACCACGAUCCAAAAAAGAAUGGAGUACCUGAAAAUCAAAAGGCGUCGCUGCGAUUUGCAGGAACUGCGGACUCUGAAGGCCAUCAAAUCCGUUCCGACGCGAGCGGUCAAAUGCACGCUGAUAUCCAAAGAGGACUUGGAGGCGUUGUACAGGGUUUACCGAGAUCCGCAGUGCGCCGGGAAGAAAUUCAAGGUGAAGGUGAGAGAGAGUAACCCGGAGCCCGGUUACUUCUCGGGUUUCUGUAGAGAGAGGACGGUGCUGCUGAGGACGGGCAACGCCGGCGUGAGGUGCGAGGGCGAGUCUAAGCCAGUGGCCCCAGCGUCCGAUGGCGGCGGCCUGUGCAAGCGGCCCGGCUGCCCAUCAGUCAUCGAUCCCCGAGGCGUUACAAACUAUGAAAGCGCCGGCAAGUCAGGCUUCUGCCCGGUGUACCGAGAGCGGGACGGCUUCUACCAGGACGUCUCCUGCCGCUACACCCGAUCAGUCCCGCCCGCCAUCGCGGUGAGAUUCAACGGGCCUGUGCACUUGAGGGCGAAAUAUUCCUGCUGCAGUCAGAGCAAGAAUGCGGAGAGCGCGUUUAUCGGAAACUAUAAUUCUUCCUUACAUCCGCCAGCUUUGAAGUCUGUGAAAAGGAUGGUGCUUUCUGCAGAUAUAAAGGCUUUGAGUGAGACGCGCUGUGCACAGGCGGCCCAAGGUGCCUCGCUACGAUGCUCCAGCGACUCCGAAUGCAGUUUGGACCUGGAGAACGACUCGGAUUUCGGGUCGACGGACGAGGACGAAGAAGGGGAGUCGUUACUUUCCGGCUCUAGCAGCGACGACGAGAGCUCCUCGGCCUCCGACUCCAGCUCGGCGUUCAGCGGCGCCUCGCUGCACAGUAUCCGCUUCAGGCGAGCGACUUUACCCAAUCUGUGCCACAAAGCACCCGGCGCCCCGGGACAUGCCGGAGCGGAGGAGAGGCCGGAGGUGGCGGCGGCGGCGGCGGCGGCGCGCCAAUCACUUUACGCCGGAGCUGCGCCGCCCGGUCACGGACCCUCCGUUAACCCCAGAGACAAGGGCAGCGGGGACAAGCCGCAGCCGGCGAGGUAUCCCAGCCAAGCGCCGCAUCUGACACCAACCAACUUUGGAAAACAUGAGGCCUCUCUCUCCAGCCUGAAGGAAACCUCGCCGUCUUCACAACAAAGGGAUUUAGUGCAUUCAGAUCCACGGUCCGCUGCGCCUUGCCUCGCCGGCAACAACUAUUUGAAGACCUUUCAGAGGGACCCAGCGCCUUCGCCGUCUCUCAGCGACCAGACGGGAGGAAAGAUCAAACACAUCUUCCAGAGGUCCGACUCCAGCCACGGUGUUGCGUUCACUCCGGCCCGGGAGAGGGUUCACCGCGUCUUCGGUCCAGUCCAACAGGCUUGGAAGUUGGGAGAGGGCGUGGGUGCGGGGAACUAUGACCUCAAGAGGAAGCGGAGGAAAGAUAACCAGAACUCGGAGAUUCACCUUAAUGAAAACGGCGGCGUGCCGGCGGCCAGCGGCCUGCACCGACUCAAACAUUCUACCUCAGCCGGACUACUACAAAUCCAUAGCACUUUACAGAGCAAGGCUUCAUCCGUUGGCAGGUGGGACAACGGGCCGAAAAAGAAACAAGUUUCUGCCAGGCGUGUCAAACAGCUCUCGACCAAAAAAAGCCCAGCCAAGCCACCUGACAUGAUCCAACAGCCUUGGCUGGGAGCCGCGGGCAAGCGGGCGAAUCUGCUGAAAGGCUCGGCGAAGUGCAAACGUGUGGCCUGCGGAUUAGCGACGCCGGUGAAAAAAGCUUUUAGUCUAAUGGGCAAUUUCCCUUCUCCGCCCUCGCUGGUUGUGGGAGACGACGGGGAUUUGUGCCCUGCCUAUUCCUUUUGCUCCGAGCGCCCCGACUCCACGCAGAAGGCUCACCCGGUGUGGAGGUGGCAGAUCGGGGGCAGCGCCAUCCCACUCCCACCCAGUCACAAAUUCAGGGGGUUUAACAUUUAACCCUUUAUUCCGGCAGCGAGCCGGCCACGUUUUGGAUUUGAGCCCGAAUGGGGCCGCGAGUGAGAUUACCUCUGGGCUGGUGCUGAUGGGAAAAAAGAUGCUUAAAAAA